GACCGCGCGCGAGACGCUGCUGCGUAUGCCAGGCAGCUACUUUGACGCGAUGCUCUCAUCGGAUCACUGGCUGCCCAAUGAGAAAGGCGAGUACUUUUUGGACUUGGACGCGAGUACGUUUAAACGUGUGAUCAAGUACCUUCGAUCGGGCAGACUGGAUGUCAGUGGGCUCUCGAGUACAGACGAGGACGAGCUGCGAGAGAUGCUCGACUACCUCCAGAUCGAGUGGCCGCUGCCAGCACCAUCCGCGCCGCUCAUGGAGACGACCCAAUUGCAGUGGGACCCGCUGCACUGCUCCGAGGCCAUUACGCUCGGCGAAGACGGCACACAAGCGCGCAGUCAAAAGCACGGCUGGAAUCAUGUGCUCACGUCGACGCCAGCGACGACCUUUGGCGUCCGCGUGACGCUUCGGAGCGAGGUCUGUGUCGGCUUCAUAGUGUUAGAAGACUUCGUUCAAGAGCCCGACAUCCGUCUGUCAAACAACCGCCGCGGGUGGUUUUUCGACUGCGCAGCUGGCGCUUUGAGCUCCCAUUACCAGCCGAGCACGACCAACGUGGUGGAUAUGAAGCCGCGCCCGAUCUUCCUCCAGGCGACGCUGCAUCAGCAGCAGCAGCGCGUUUCUUUUGCAAUUGACGGCAUCCCCCUGCCCACCAGUUUGCACCACGUCCCAACAGACGCUGUGUUGUACCCUGUCGUGCGUAUCGUGGCUGCGAAUGCGGUUGUCAAGCUCCUCCCCGUGUAGCGACGCCAUGGAGUUGACGGCAUAGCUAUCUUUCAACCAUAUAGCUAGGUAUGACGCUAAUACAGGAAUUCAAGUG